GCAGCUCUUCCUUCUCCCCAUGGAGAAGCCUUUCCACAGUUGAGAUGGCAUGCUAGUACAGAUGGUAGGGCAGUUGUUGAGCUGGGCAAGCUUGCUCUUGAUAUACUGAACAGAUGGAGUGUUGCAAAGUUCCAAGACCCAUUGUCUGCUUCAUCUAUCAUGACAGCAAAGGAUGUGAAGCCUAUGCACACAUUAUCCCUCAUCAACAGUCUUUUUCCAGUCAUCCCAUCCUCUCAGUUGUCACUAUAUGCACAACUUGCACAGUGGCUUCAUCAGAGCUACAUAAGCAUAGUGCAGGUCAAUGGUCCUCCAAAUGUAGCUCUGUCUGAGAGAUGUAUAUGGUCAGAUGCAGUUGAGAUACUAUGUCAUCAUACUGGGCAUUUUCAGUCUGGCAUUCAAAGACUCAAAAUUGAAGAAUGUAUUACUCUGGCAUACAUGACAACACUCAUUCUUGAAGGGACCCUGCUUCAAGAAGAUCAGUGGUUAGCCUACACAGAUCAGCAAAACCUUUUGCAGUUGUUGGAGAACAUCCUUGGGCAUACAAAAUUGAAAGAUAUGCACCAGUUCUUGCCUGUCUAUGGUGUAAUGUGUCAUGCUCUUGAAGCAAAUACCAAUCAUCUGUUGAAAGGCAAAGGUGUCACAAAGUUAUCACAACUAGUCUGUUCCUUUGCAGAACAUUUCAUUGUCCCAAGUCAUACUGUGACAAGGCUGGCUUCAUGCUUAGAAAUCAUGCUAUCAACAGCUCACAGUGGUGGAGACAAGGAGCGCAACUAUACAUUGGAUCUUGCUGAGGGGAUCCAAAGACUGUCAAUGAGCCUCUCUGAAUCUCUCUCAAUACAAGAGUGCAAAGAUGUUGUCAGUAGCUUGACAUCCUGCUUGGAGGGUGCUCUGAGAACUCCCAGGGACUUCAACACUAGGAUAGGACCAUGCCAUGCUCCAACAUUGACUCUUUGUGAUACAAUCAAACCAAUGGCACAAAUGCUGUUGGAGGCUGUUGCUUCAAAAAUUCCUGCAGGGGAUGCAACACAUACUUUCCAGCAACUUGUAUCAUGCCUGAAGCUGUCACUUCAGAAGAAGAGAAAAAUGGAACUACCAAUCUAUGAGAUACAGAACACACUCUGUGACACAAUUCUCAAAGUGUCUCAGGCAGCCUCUCCUCUUGACAACAUAGAUCUGGCACAAAACCUGUUGCAGCUCCUUCCAGAAUGUGUGGUUGCUAGUAGUGAAUAUCCCCUCUUCUCACCAGUAGACCCACAGCACCCAGACUUGACCUACUUGGAGAAUCAACAGACUGCAGUUUCCCAGAGAUGCUUCAGGAAGAUACUGCAGACUUUAUGCCCCAUAUUGGAGGAGAACCCCCACCCAGGCUUCUCAGGACAAAUCACAAAUGCUGGACAUAGCAUCCAUACCAUUGCAACCCAGCACAGAGCAAGUUGGGCCAUUCAACUAUGGGAGACAUAUCCAUAUGCACUACAAGUGAAGGAAUUUGGUCGUGCUGCUGGAAAGCUCUUUCAGGACUUUGGAGAGCCAUCUGUGCAGCCAAAACCCAGCAAUUGGGUUUCUGGUGACUACAACCAAGGUGGAAUCCAGACAAGUAUGCUCUUGGGCACAUGGAGACCAGUUGACAUGACUGGCAGGAUCAUAGAGCACGAACAGGCUUCCAAUGUGGAGAGAGUUGGAAACGUGGAACUGCCGCAUGAUGCGGUCGUGCCUCAUCAACUCCCGGACUCUACCCAAGCAACCCCGAGGUUAAGGAGAGCGGAGCAUAUGCAUGGCGAUGUCGCGGCCGGACACUACACCGGCCGUGCGGAGAGACAUGUUGUUAUCAUCCCACCAGACCUCAAGGACUCCUCAUCCUCCUCCCUCGACUCGGCGAGAAGCCGACAUGCGAUGAUGCCUCGGAACGUCCCAGACCCUGCCCGAGCAGCCAACGCAACGCCUUGGUCGAGAGGAGUACAUCGUAGGCAAGCCGGUGGCACAGAGGAGGAACAUACCACGAGCGCAGAGAAGCAUGCCGCUGUCGAAACCCCGGAUAUCACAGACGAUGUUCGCCCUCUGGACUCAGUGAUACCUCGACAUGCUACUACGAGUCAGCACUUCGUCGCAAUGCCUCAAACAGACUCGAUACACACCGUAACUGAUGGCCACGCCGUGCCAGAAGGGUUGCGCACAGCCAUUGACCACAGGACGCAGCCCGUAGAGGAAGAAGGGGAGGAGGGAGAUACGGUGUUGUACCCCCAGAUGGGUCGGCCGCCCAUCGGGGAUGAUGACAGCCGUACGGAUGGGAGCCAUCUUGUCUCGUCCGUUGCGUCCUAGCAUGAUUGAACAUGUACGUUAAUCCCGGAAAUGAAAACUUUGCUUGUACGACGACGCUGCUGUUAGUCCUGGAAUAUUCGUCGCGAAGCCUACGACGAGACGCUGACGAACGAUCAACGG